UUUAUUAAUUUAAAAUAUAAUAUAUACAAUUUUAAUUUAUGAUUUACGACAGGGCUUCUCAAACGUUUCCACUUGGCGACCCCCUUUUAACCGAGAAAAUAUUUUCUUCUCUUUCACUAUCAUAAUUGUACCGAAGUAAUAUACUUAUAGUGUUGACAAACUGGUUUCUAAUUAAUUUUUAAUUACGCAACCCUAUACAGGGUCACGACCAAGGCUUUGCAAAUUACAGAUUUAUGUGAAUGUAUUCUUCUUUAAUUCAAUAUUUGAUUAUUUAAAAUGACAGUAUUAUAAAUUGUCAGCAUUAUAAUCGAAUCUUCGUGUCACGUUUUCACACAUACAUACGUGCAUACGUUUACAUAUUUUACAAUCAUUACGAGGAACCAUGAAAAUGCAAAAUAUGGGUGAACAACUCGAAGUAAACCUAAAUUUCUCCAUUAAACGAGGUCAUAAUACACAUGUCGUGUCCGUUAACUUAACCAGUCGUGUUUCGAUCGUUUAACAGACAAGUAUUACUAUUUCCUAAUGAAGAAAAUGUGAAUUCGAUUUGAAAUCAAAAUGAAAAUUCAAGGAAUACUGAUCAUUCAAACGAUAUUAUUAUUUGUGAUAUUUUCAUUAUCAGAAUCUAAAGCGAACGUUGUAGAUCAUGAAAAAAAUACAAAAAUCAUUCUAAAAAAUGAGGAAUCAAUGAAAAAAUUAGAAACGUUGUUAAGACAAGCAGUGAACGCGAGUGCAAACUCUACAGAAAUAACAGCAACUAAACAGGGACCAUGCCAAUGUGCUUUAGGUGUUUGUAGUUGUUGUUCGAGAAUACUUUUCUCAACGUGGAAACAAAAAGCAUGUGUUAACGUAAGUUAUGAUCCAGAUGAGUUCAGUUUUACUGCAAAGGUGAUGAUGAACGAUAGGGUUCUUUACACUAGAACGGUUUCUGGAAAAAAUCCUAGACCAAUUUGCGUACCAGUGCCAAGGAUUCCGUACAUUAGAGCUUGCGUGAGAUUUUAUAAUAUUUUUUUCCAAGGUAGAAACAUUCAUCUCUGUGUCAACAUGGAAGGCAAAUUUAGUGAUACGACAUUGUUCAAAGUUGGAUUAGAUUGCAUCCGAUUUGGUUCGAAUGGUUUGGCUUACCUAAAACCGGAAGAUGGGGGUGGAUUAGGUCAAGUCGAAAUCUUUCCAGGCGACGACAACAAUGAUUAUAAUGAUGAUUACAAUGAUCAAGAUAACGACGAUGACGAUGACGACGACGACGACGACGACGACAGCGAUGAUGAUGAUGAUGAUGAUGAUGACAUA